AUGUGUAAUGACAAAAAUAACCUUCUAAUCUCAGACCACUACCACCCAAUCCUCUCAGUCCUAUCCAAACCCAUUCGCUCUCUCAUCUCCUCACAUUUUUUCUUCACCACCCACUCCCUCCUCAACUCCGCCCAACACCUCCUCUACCUCUCCCUCCGCUCCUCGGACCACCACCACUCCACUUGGUUCGCCCUCUACCAAAACCCCAACCCCCUCAACGCUGCCGCUCGCCUCCUCGUCCCGAUCCCUCCCAUCUCUAUCCCCUCCGUCAGGGCCGCCUACGCCUUCGUCGGUUCUUCAAUCUAUGUCCUCGAUGAGUCCGUCGACGACACACUGUCCAAUAAUGUAUGGAUCCUCGACUACCGCUUACACACGUGGCGCUCCGGGCCGUCAAUGCUGGUGGCGUGUGAGUUUGCCGCGGCAGGGGUUGUGGACGGGAGAGUGUACGUGAUCGGCGAUUGCGUGACAAACUCGUGGACAGGUCGGAGUGUUAGGCCGAGGCUUUGGAUCGGAGUACGGGUUGCUAGGAGGCGAUGGCUAGUCCGGUGGAGGUUCGGGGGAAGUGGAUGA